AUGGCUUCAUUCUUUUGGAAACAAGCAGAUCCUUCACUGACAAGGGUGAAACUGGGAGGAAUCCACCGCGCCCAGCCCUAUAGCCACUCCUACGAGGCAGGUACCGACAAUCAUUAUUUCCUCGCCAAAUGGGCUUCACUGCUGGGGUUCGAGGGGCUUCCAAAGGACUUUGACAGGGCGUAUACUGAUAUGUCUAUUGCCGGUGACUGCACCAACGCGGGAUCUACUGAUGCAGAUUAUCGCUCUGCGCACUCGAAUCCUCGCAGUGAGGACGACGCCCCCCGCUUCUUACCUAGUUCGAGGCCUAUGAGUGAGUCGCAGACGUUGCAUUCUCCCAGUAGACACGACUCGCAAAAUGCCAAUAACAAUGAUGAAGGUUCCGUGUGCAAUCUGGCGAGAAUCAUCGAUUCUCACAGCAGGAAUCUCAAGACGCAGCGCAUCAUGACACCAUUUAUCCGAGAAAGGUUUCUGACCGAACUGACCAUGAACAAAAUGCUCCAUCCAACAACCGAAAUGCAGAAAAAGCGGUCAAAGUUUCCGUCGCAUAUAACGACGAAUCUCCCAUGA